AGUUUAAAUAAUAAAUUUUAUGCCAAAUUCUUUGAAAUACUUGGUGGUUUAUCGCCAUGAAACUGAAAAGUUGAUUGCCUCAAGCCUACUUGAGUCUGGAAGUGAGGUAACUUUCAAAAAUGAGUUGUCCAAAGUCUGUUAGGAUUUAAAGAGAAAUCAACUGAGGAUAGAGGAAAGAUAGAAAGUUGAUUCUGCAAAUGGGAGUUGGUUUUGUAAAAUUGACGACAAAGGGCUUUUAUAUUUAGUUUUGGGGGGUAUGGGUAUUGAUUGUUAAUUUAGUGCCCACCUAUCCAGAGAGGCAUGCUUAUGCUUUGAUUCAGGAGAUUUAAAAUGAAUUCUCCAAGUUGGGCAAUAGUGAAUCAUUGAAAGAUGAUGCCAGUCUUAAAUUGCACAUAAAGACACCUCUCAAGGAAUUGGGCUUGAAGUAUAACGAUUUAGUUUCUUUGGAUAAAAUAUACGAAGCAAGAAUAAAUGUUUUCAUAUGAUGCUAUUCUAUAAUUAGGUAGAGCAAACCAAAACGGUGAUGGAAGAUAACAUUAAAAACAUGAUUAGCAACACACAGUAGUUGGAUUAGCUUUAAAUAAAGAGUGAAAAACUGGCGGAUGGAGCAAAAAAUUUUUCUAAGAAUGCUGCUGAUUUAGUAAGAUUGCAAAUUUAAACUUAGGCUUCGAUUAUGUAUUGGAGAAACAUGAAGUUAAAGAUCAUCAUUGGAUUGAUCAUCUUGGCUGGACUUUUAUACAUUAUUGUCCCAAUAAUCAUAAAAGUAAGUGCAUCCAAUUGAUUUAU